AUGUGGCUCACCCACCUCUCCCUCCCCCGCAUCGUAAGCUACCGCCACGUGUCCAAAAUCCAAGACAACCUCGUCGCCAAACUCCUCGCCCACAAAGCGCACCCCUCCUCCACCCCACCAAACCCAGCCAUCGUAACCGCCGAGUUCAAGCCCGUCUACGCCUGCGGCCGGCGUGAGGUCGGCCACAUCAGCGCCUCACAGCAAGCCUUCCUGCGCGAUAAUGGCAGGGCUGAGUUCGUUGAGGCGCUGAGGGGCGGGCAGACGACGUUUCACGGCCCGGGGCAAAUGGUCGCGUAUCCGGUGAUUGAUUUGAAGCGGCAUGGGAUCUCGCCGCGGGAGUAUGUGUGUUUGCUUGAGAAGGCUGUGAUUGCGACGUGUGCGCGCUGGGGGAUCAAGGGCAUCACGACGGAGAAUCCGGGCGUGUGGGUUAGCGAGGAGAGCAAGAUUGCGGCGCUGGGGGUGCAUUUGAGGCGGAAUGUGAGCAGCCAUGGGGUUGCGAUAAACGUGAAUACGGAUCUGUGGUGGUUUGAGAGGAUUGUGGCGUGUGGGUUGGAAGGGAAGAAGACGACAAGUUUUGAGCAGGAAGGGGUAGCCAAUGUGAGCGUGGGAGAUGUGGCGGCUGCGUUUGUGGAGGAAUUCGGGAAGAGUCUUGGGAUCGAAGAAACGCAGGUUAGGAUCAUCGACUGA